UCAUCGCACGGGCCAGUUCACGCGCAGCGCUACUCCACGGCACACCAGCGCACGCGCAUCAGAAUGACUCACCACUGGACAGUCAUAACAUUACUUAUUUACAUCACUUGCCAGCUCAGUGACGCAAAGCACAAUAAACGGGAAGAUCUUAUCAGAAAUGAAGCCCUCCUCACUCUCGGAGGAAACACGACACUCACAGAUAAAGAAGCUGAAGUAAAUAAUUGUCUAAUGCGACAUAAGUUCGCGGAGGUCAACUAUGCGUUUGAUAACCCCCAGUACUUCAACUUUUCAAGACAUUUCUUCGAUUAUAAAGAUGAAAUAAGAGACUCCAAAGUGUAUAAGAUCAUCAAAGAUUUACCCAAAGGAGCAGCGUUGCAUGUGCAUGACAUGGGCAUCCUAAGUCCAGAUUACUUAAUGAAUAUAACGUACAAGAGCAAUCUGUAUGCAUGCUUCGACAAAGAUAAAGUGAAUUUAAAAUUCGCGAACAAUAUUCCGGCAAUUCCUUGUGGCGCUAAAUGGCAGCUCAUGAGUGAAGCCAGAACCUCUUCUGGAGAUGUGAAGAAGUUUGACGCAGAGUUAAGAAAACAUUUCACCCUUGUAGUCAAUGAUCCUGAUAAAGUAUACCCUUGCAUCAAAGACACGUGGGAUACAUUCAUGAAGUACUUCUUUACCGUGCAGCCAAUGUUGUCCCACCGACCGAUUUGGGAAGAAUAUUUCUAUGACGCUUUAAAACUCUUCCGAGAACAUAAUAUUAUGUACGUGGAGGUCCGAAGCGUUUUACCCAAUUUGUACGAGUUAGACGGAACUGUUUAUGACCCUUUAAUUACUGCUAAAGCCUAUAAAAAAACUAUCGAGAGAUUCAAGAAGGAUCACCCAGAUUUUUACGGUGCAAAAUUGAUAUACGCUCCACCAAGGAAAGUAGACAGAAAGACACUGGACGAAUACUUGAAGCUAGCCAGAAGAAUAAAGCAAGAUAUGACAGAAGCUUUCGCUGGUUUUGAUCUGGUCGGUCAAGAGGAUUUGGGUACUCCCUUGAUAGAAUUUGUACCACAAUUGUCUGCCGCUAAAGACCUCGAUUACUUCUUUCAUGCCGGAGAAACUGAUUGGUACGGUUGCCUUACCGAUGAGAAUUUGGUUGACGCAAUUUUGCUGGGAGCCAAGAGGUUAGGUCAUGCGUAUGCAUUGCCUAAGCAUCCCUUGUUAAUCAAAGAAGUUUUGGAUAGAAAUAUAGGGUUAGAAGUGAAUGUGAUAUCAAAUGCAGUGCUAUCGCUGCUAAGAGAUGUGCGCAACCAUCCUUUAGCAACAUUCCUGGCCCAGAAUCUACCAGUGGUUCUCUCCAGUGAUGAUCCGGGAGUAUGGGAAGCAGAUCCAGUUUCUGAUGACUUUUAUGUAGCAUUUGUAGGAGUAGCAAGUAGACUGUCAGACUUAAGGAUGUUGAAGGAAUUAGCAAUCAACUCUCUGAAAUACAGCGCUUUUUCAGCGCAAGAAAGAGAGAACGCCUUUAAGCGGUUCAAUAACCAAUGGUAUACGUUUAUUAAUAACUUUAAAUGUUCCAAAUAUUGAAAAAUAAAACGUGAAAUGAACCAUAACAUUAUUGUUUUUAUGACGUCUUUGUUUGCUAAUAAACUUUAUCAAUUAUGAAA